UAUUCAGUUUUAAGACAAGUUCAACAUCAUGUAUACAAAAGUAUUAUUUCUCAUAGUAUCUUGGUUGAUUAUUGUUCAUCAAGCACAAACAAGAAAUAUAGCAUUUGAUUGCAUAUCACCAACUGGACUUGGAGGUCAUUGUAUUAAUUUUUAUCGAUGUACACCUUUGGUUUUACUGAUUCAACAGGUACCACUUUAUCCUGACGAACAAGAAUAUCUUUUUAAUUCCCAAUGUGGAAUAGAUGGAUAUACACCCAAAGUUUGCUGUGUUCCACAAAUUUAAAAUGAAAUAAAUUUAUAUAAAAAAUAAAUUUAAUGUUAAUAAAUUCAAGUGUUAUAUAUAUUUUAUUUAUCCCAAUUAGUUUGUUAUUAAAUUUAAAUAUUAAUUAUAAAAUAUAAUUAAUAAUAUCUACUAAAAAAUCUUUUAGGAAAUUUUUUUAUUUUGCAUAUUGUGUUAAAUAGAAUGUAAAAACAAUACAGUAAGAGAAAGUAAUUUCGUGAUGUAAUACACAACAGAUAAAAACCCAAAGAUAAAAUAUACUUUACUGCCCACAAAUAUUUUUACCAUAAAUCAUUAUUGUAUUUUUUUAUUCUCUAUUUAUGAAAUAAAAUAAAAUUAAAAACAAUAUAAUAAAUAAAAAAAAAAAAU